CUGUAUACCAGUCGUACGUAGGCGAUCACGCGGUUAAGCAGGCCUUCUCAAUUCCAUGUCGCCGUCUCUCGUCCUAUUUCUUCGAUACGGUCUUCUCUUGAUCAUCGCCUUCGGGAAUGGUGUGUGUGACGAGCACGAAUACAGACUGACGAAGCAUCUGCUGGACGGAUAUGACGCCGGCGUACGACCAGCUAAAAAUUCGUCCCAGCCCUUGGUCGUGGUCUUUGGGCUAUCCCUUCAUCACAUUAUCGAUGUUGAUGAAAAGAACCAGAUACUCACAACCAAUUGUUGGGUUACACAAGUUUGGACCGACCAUCAUUUGAAAUGGAAUGCCUCGGAAUUUGCUGGAAUUCAAGUAAUCCGUGUUCCUUAUAAUCGUGUUUGGCGACCUGACACAAUUUUAUACAACAAUGCUGAUCCACAAUAUAGUUCAGCGGUCAUCAAUACAAACGUGAUCGUUAGUCAUACAGGCGAAGUUGUCUGGUUAAGCCACGGUAUUUUCCGCAGCAGUUGCGACAUAAACGUGGAAUUCUUUCCCUUUGAUGAACAACGAUGCGCUCUGAAAUGGGCCUCUUGGACCUACGACGGAUAUCAACUCGAGCUGGAGAGGCAGAGUGAGAAGGGGGACGUGAGUAAUUAUCAAGCAAACGGCGAGUUCCAUCUUCUGGAUUUCACCGCCCGUAAAAACGUCGAGUACUACUCCUGCUGUCAAGAACCGUAUCCCGACAUCACUUACGAGAUUCGCUUACGACGACGUCCGAUGUUCUAUGUCUUCAACCUGAUUCUGCCCUGCAUACUAAUCAACGGCGUCGCCCUGUUGGUGUUCUACGUGCCCUCCGAGUCAGGAGAGAAAGUCACCCUCGGUAUCUCGGCCCUUCUCUCCAUGACGGUUUUCUUGAUGACCAUUCGCGAAACUUUGCCGCCUACGGAGAAGACGCCGUUAAUAAGUCUUUAUUACGGUGUCAGCAUUUGUCUGGUGUCGUUUGCAUCCGGUCUGGCGGUCGUGACAUUGAAUUUGCAUCAUCGUGGUGUACGGGGUAUACGAGUGCCGAGUAUCGUGAGAUCGUUGGUCUUAGACAAAUUAGCCAGGAUAGUAUUUCUGAAUUUCCAAGAGGAGAAUAGAUCGCAGGAACCGGCGGAACAAUUCUCGAGAAGAAAGAACAAUUGUCCACUGCACUGCAAAUCGGAACUGCCAGAGCAGCACAUAUCUCCUAAAUAUGUAUCGAGAAGGGAUGAUCGUAAUAGCAGCAGUCCUAGUCUAGAUCUCGGAAAGGAGGGCGGCCUUGAGGCACAAUGGUCCCGGGUCCUGGGAAGAGUGCACGCGACCAUUGAAAGGAACGAGCGGCGCCUAGUAGAGCAAGAUCGUCGAGAAAGGACAGAAUUAGAUUGGAAACAAGUCGCUCUGGUCAGUGAUCGUGCGCUAUUGUGCGUUUUCUUUCUAACGACAAUCGUUAGCACGGCGGUGAUUUUAUGCGGCUCGCCUCCGACUCAGGAUGUAUCAAAAGACGGGUAAUCGUUGAAUUAUCGAUUUGAUUAUAUCAAUUGACUAAAUGAUGCCAAAAUGUCUUCUUCAUCAUUGGACUCAAAGAAUAAUUUUUUUUUUUUUUUUUUUAUAAGAAAGAUUAAAUAAUUUGCAGUAGAUCUAUUCGUGUUGAUACAUAAGGAAUAAAUGGAUGUUUUUCUCGUUUUAUGAUGAGAUACAUAUAUAUAUAUGUGGUGUGUCUACGAAUGAGUGAUUUUUGAAAAUUUGAUAGAAACUUUAAUGUUCAUUAUACUCCAAGUUGAUGGAAAAUUACUCUGUGGUAUAAAAAUCAAUUCAGUUGUUUAAUUUCUUAUUAUUUCGUUAGAAUUUUUAGAUGAAAGAUUAUUUCGAGUCAAACUUUAUUUCAAUUUUUAUCGGUUUCUUUUAAUUCAUAAAUU